CAGUAUCUUUUCAUAACGUAUAAACUUACAUCUGUGCCAAAUUUGUUGCUUUUUUUUUUCGCAAAAUGCACAAUUGUUAUGCCUAACUGCCUAACUAUUGGUGGCAUCUACAGAUUGAUCAGUCUGCAGGUUGCAGCCAACUGAAUCUCCUUCAGUGUGCAAAAAAACUACGGUGCAUACUUGCCAACUUUGAGACCUCAAGAAGAGGGAGGAUUUCAAAACCUUUGAAUCCUCACAAUGACAAUGCUAACAGGUUGCAGGUGUAGUUUACCACAUUCCCCAUCUUAGAGUGUUAAAAUGGUAACGUUUGUUAAUUAGCACUAAAUUCAAAGUGCAGAGUACAAAGAUAGGCAUGUCAUAAGUUCUGGAAGUGUUGUUGAGCAAAUUGACAAUUUGAACUGAUUAGUGAGGGGGUCACCAGAGUUCACCAACAACUGAUCCUGAGACAUGAACAUCUGGACCAGAUUUCAUGGCGAUCCAGAGAGUAAGCUACUGCUGGUUGCUCUGUCUGCAGGGUCACUUUGGAGAGGUGACUCUCUACCUGUAUGACCUGGCCAACGAUGGGACAGGAGAGCACGUGGCAGGGAAGGCUCUGAAACAAGAGAACGGUCACGUUCCAGAUGGCUGGAUGAAGGAGAUCGAGAUCCUGAAGUCUCUUUAUCACAGCAACAUCGUCAAGUACAAGGGCUGUUGUACUGAACUGGCAUGCUGAGCACCAGGCAGCCGGUCAGUCUUGCCAUUGAACAGUGAUGGAAACAGGAGGACAAGCACUGUUGCAUUGUGCAGCUGAUGCAGCCUUAUGUUUGCUCAGCAGAUCUGUCAGGUGAGUUUAAUUGUGCUAAUUAUUUACAUUCCCGAUUGAUUUUACAACAUUCCUGAUGCUGUGUGCAAACUGCAGAGGUGUCUGUAAUGUCUUAAUGGAAAAUGACAAAAUACAUCCCUGAAGGCGAGAUCUAGAGAUUGUGACCGCGAAGAUGAGGACAGUCCAAUGUUUCCUUUUCCUCUGACAUUUGGUCAUGGCUAAAAAAACAACUGAUAUUACAAUAUUCAACCCAGGCGGUGACCUCCGGGUCUGAGAAGUGAAGCUAAUGCAGAAGUGCCUUAAACUGUCAUUCUUUCUAAUAGCCAGCAGGGGGCGACUCCUCUGGUUGCAAAAAUAAGUCAGAUUGUAUGGAAGUCUAUGAGA